CGCGGCUGCUGUGGCGGCGGCGGCAGGGCCUGAGGUGGGAGGUUGCAGUAAAAUUCAGAGACUCUGUUGACAACUUUCUGCCACCAUGGGGGAGCUUUUCCGCAGUGAGGAGAUGACUCUGGCUCAGUUAUUUCUACAGUCAGAAGCUGCUUAUUGUUGCGUCAGUGAAUUAGGAGAACUCGGGAAGGUUCAGUUUCGUGAUUUAAAUCCAGAUGUGAAUGUUUUCCAACGGAAAUUUGUGAAUGAAGUUAGAAGAUGUGAAGAAAUGGAUCGAAAACUUCGAUUUGUUGAAAAAGAGAUAAGGAAAGCUAACAUUCCCAUUAUGGACACUGGUGAAAACCCAGAGGUACCCUUCCCUCGGGACAUGAUUGAUUUAGAGGCCAAUUUUGAGAAGAUUGAAAAUGAACUGAAGGAAAUCAAUACAAACCAGGAAGCUCUGAAGAGAAACUUCCUGGAACUGACUGAAUUAAAAUUUAUACUUCGCAAAACUCAGCAGUUUUUUGAUGAGGCUGAAUUGCAUCAUCAGCAGAUGGCGGAUCCAGACCUGUUGGAAGAGUCCUCAUCCCUCUUGGAGCCAAGUGAGAUGGGAAGAGGCACGCCCUUAAGACUUGGCUUCGUGGCUGGCGUGAUUAACCGGGAGCGCAUCCCUACUUUUGAACGCAUGCUUUGGCGCGUGUGCCGAGGGAAUGUGUUCCUGCGACAGGCUGAAAUCGAGAACCCCCUGGAGGAUCCUGUGACUGGUGACUACGUGCACAAGUCUGUGUUUAUCAUUUUCUUCCAAGGUGAUCAGCUGAAAAACAGAGUCAAGAAAAUCUGUGAAGGGUUCCGAGCCUCACUCUAUCCCUGCCCUGAGACACCACAAGAAAGGAAAGAGAUGGCUUCUGGAGUCAAUACCAGGAUUGAUGAUCUCCAAAUGGUUCUGAAUCAAACAGAAGAUCACCGCCAGAGGGUUCUGCAGGCAGCUGCUAAGAAUAUUCGAGUCUGGUUCAUCAAGGUGCGGAAGAUGAAGGCUAUCUACCACACCCUGAACCUAUGCAACAUAGAUGUGACUCAGAAGUGCCUGAUUGCAGAAGUCUGGUGUCCUGUCACUGACCUUGACUCCAUCCAGUUUGCACUCAGAAGGGGCACGGAACACAGUGGUUCCACUGUACCCUCCAUACUGAACAGGAUGCAGACAAAUCAGACUCCUCCAACCUAUAAUAAAACCAACAAGUUCACAUAUGGCUUUCAGAACAUAGUAGAUGCUUAUGGAAUUGGGACUUACCGAGAAAUAAAUCCAGCUCCAUAUACCAUCAUCACUUUCCCCUUUCUCUUUGCUGUGAUGUUUGGAGACUUUGGCCAUGGCAUUUUGAUGACCCUUUUUGCUGUGUGGAUGGUGUUAAGGGAGAGCCGGAUCCUCUCCCAAAAGAACGAAAAUGAGAUGUUUAGUACUGUGUUCAGUGGUCGAUAUAUCAUCCUGUUGAUGGGCAUAUUCUCCAUCUACACUGGCCUCAUCUACAACGACUGUUUUUCCAAAUCUCUUAAUAUCUUUGGGUCAUCUUGGAGUGUACGGCCGAUGUUCACUAUAUAUAAUUGGACGGAGGACACACUUCGGGGAAAUCCUGUUCUCCAGUUGAAUCCAACUGUCCGUGGAGUUUUUGGUGGACCAUACCCAUUUGGCAUCGAUCCGAUCUGGAACAUUGCAACCAACAAACUGACCUUCCUCAACUCCUUUAAGAUGAAAAUGUCUGUUAUUCUUGGUAUUGUCCAUAUGAUGUUUGGAGUCAGCUUGAGCCUUUUCAACCAUAUCUAUUUCAAGAAGCCCCUGAACAUCUACUUUGGAUUCAUCCCUGAAAUAAUCUUCAUGUCCUCUUUGUUUGGCUACUUGGUUAUCCUUAUUUUUUACAAGUGGACAGCCUAUGAUGCUCAUUCAUCUGAGAAUGCACCAAGCCUUCUGAUCCAUUUCAUAAACAUGUUCCUCUUUUCCUACCCAGAAUCAGGUUUUCCAAUGCUGUAUUCUGGACAGAAAGGAAUUCAGUGUUUCCUGGUAGUGGUGGCCCUACUAUGUGUACCUUGGAUGCUGUUGUGUAAGCCACUGAUCCUUCGUCAUCAGUAUCUGAGGAGGAAGCAUUUGGGAACUCUCAACUUUGGUGGGAUCAGGGUGGGCAACGGACCAACAGAGGAGGAUGCUGAGAUAAUUCAGCAUGACCAGCUCUCCACCCAUUCAGAGGACGCGGAAGAGUUUGACUUUGGGGACACCAUGGUCCACCAGGCCAUCCACACCAUUGAGUACUGCCUGGGUUGCAUCUCCAACACCGCAUCCUACCUGCGGCUCUGGGCCCUCAGCCUUGCUCAUGCACAGCUGUCUGAAGUGCUUUGGACCAUGGUGAUCCACAUUGGCUUGAGUGUGAAGAGCUUGGCAGGAAGCUUGGCCCUGUUCUUCAUCUUCGCCGCCUUUGCCACCCUGACUGUGGCCAUCCUGCUGAUCAUGGAGGGCCUCUCGGCCUUCCUCCACGCACUGCGGUUGCACUGGGUCGAGUUCCAGAAUAAAUUCUACAGUGGGACCGGUUUCAAGUUCCUGCCCUUCUCCUUCGAGCACAUUCGGGAAGGGAAGUUUGAUGAGUGAGCCCCCGGGAGGGGCAUCUGCCCCAGGUACCCUCUCUCCACCGUGACUAGCUGUGUUCCCUUUUGCCUGUUGUGAUCCCUGGGCACCAGGGCCCUGUGUCACCCUUACUAUCCCUGCCCCAGCUGUGAGUCAUUUAGCUAGAGCUGGCCUUUCCUGGGCCUCUCACCACCCCCAGAUUUGUAUGUCGUGUACAGAUUUCCUAGAGAGAAGCUGGUUCUGGCUGUCAUGACCACUGGGCAUCAGCCUUGUCCUCCUAGCUUCCAUCCAGCCACAGCUCUUCGCCCUCCGGUGGCCAGCCAGUCUGGGUCCACUUGGGUGUGCAGAGCCCUCUAGGCUGCUGGAUGAAGGAAGUAACCAUGUGUUCAUAUUGACCCACCCCUGCUCCUGCUAUAGGAGUUACUGUAAGCCAGUGGAGCAGAGCAUGGCAAGUUCUCUGCUAGAAGACAAUGCUCUUUACCAGGUCCCAAUCAGGUUAGCAAGGGUGGUCCAGGAAGAUGGUGUUUUUGUGCUGUUCCCCAGACAUGCCCCACUCCCAUGCGUGUUAAUCAGGAAUUGAGCUGGCCCCAUCAGGACCAGCAUGAGUUGGCCUCUCCCUUAGGAUCCUCGGAUUCCCCAAACCAACUUCCUAACCAUCCCUACAUACCCCCCUCCUCCUCUUCCUCUCCUCUCCCACCUCUCCUUAUUCAGCACAGUGUAGCCCAGCUGGGAGCACACAGGACAGAGGUCCUAGAUAGCUUGCCAGCAUAUAACUUCCCUUCCUUGGAUGCUGCCCAGAGGGCACCAGGGCCCUGCCCAGCAGGGCAGAGGGUUCAGAUUGACUUUCCUGGUGGAGCCCCUGAGGCGUUCCCCAUCUCUGAUCAGGAAUUUUGAGUGCAGGGUUGGAGUCAUCAAGGCUGGUUCUGCUGGCAGGCCUGCCUUAGUCUGCCCACCAGUCCCCCUUCCCACUCCCACAUUGAGUCCUGCUCUCCCAAAUGGCGUCUGGGCAGGGAAGAUCAGCGUUACAUACAGUUUGGUUACUGAAGGUGUCUAGCAGGACCGCCAGUGCCUAUGCGGUGAGCCCUGCUGCACAGCCCUGCCAAGGGACCACGCCAGCACCCCACAUCCCAGUCUGUGGCUGUGGAUCUUAAUCAUGUGCUGCUGCAGCGGCACUGACUGCUCCAGCUAAAUCAUCUGCACUUCCUCCCCUGGAAAGGACUCCACCGGCCCGUAAUCUCCUCCCACCCAGCUGCUGUUCCUGAGUGAGCUACUGAGCUGCCCAGUACUCUGCCAGGCUGAGAUAAGGCACUGGCCCAGCUUCACCAGGCACUGGCUCACUGGGAGCUAACCCAGACCUUGUACAGAGUCCUCUCCCCUCUGGUGCCUGGUUUGCGUGGUGCCCUUUGCUCUGUUUACAGUGUGCUUUUCAGUGGAGUUCUUUGUCAGGGUCUUGCCCAGACCUUUUGUUAAUACCUUCCCAUGCUGAAUAAAGUGUGCUUGACUCCUCCCGA